GGAGCAUAAGGUGAUAGAAUCUGCUUUAAAAACAUCCAAAAAAUUGCAAUUGGAAACCCCAGAAAAAGCUGACUUAGUCCUCACCUUGCUCGAGAACAAUGGAUUCUCAGCAACCCAAAUCUCUGACCUAAUCAGAAGACGCCCAUCACUGCUUUUGUCCAAUCCUGAGCAAAGCCUUCUGCCCAAAUUUGAGUUUUUUCACUCCAAAGGCUUCUUAAGUACUGAUAUUGCCACUGUUUUAAUUCGGUGCCCUAAUAUCUUGCUAAGUAGCUUAAACAACCGUAUAAUCCCUUCUUUUACUUACCUUAGUAACUUGAUUCAAUCUGCUGAAAAGGUUAUUACUUUAAUUAAACGAGUUCCGUUUAUUGUUUGUUGUGAUCUUCAAAUUUUUGUUGCGCCUAAAUUCAAAGUUUUGCGAGAUAUUGGUGUACCUGAAACACAGAUUGCUAGGUUACUUUGUAAAUGGUCUACUGUAUUAACAAAAUAUUCUGGUCGUUUUGAUGAGACUGUGGACUUAUUGAAGAAAAUGGGUAUGGAUCCUUUAAGGUCCCAGUUUGUCCAAGCUAUUGUUGUAAUGUCAACGAUGUCCAAAUCCGAGUGGGAUAAGAAGGUUGAUGUUUACAAGAGGUUACAUUGGUCUGAGGAAGAGAUUCUUGCUGCAUUUCAGAAGCAUCCUUGGUGUAUGAUGACAUCCGAGGAUAAGAUAAUGGCGGUGAUGGACAUUUUUGUGAACAAAAUGGGUUGGGAGCCUUCUGCCAUUGCCCAGCGGCCAAUUCUUCUUUCAUUGAGCCUGGAGAAGAGAAUUAUUCCUCGUGCUGCAGUUAUUCUGUUUCUAUCAUCCAAAGGUUUGCUUAAGACCAAUUUUAUCUCGGCUACACCCUAUAACAUUUGUGAUGAAGCCUUCCUGCAGAAGUUCGUGAAUUGCUAUGAUGAAGCUCCCCAACUAAAGAAGCAAUUUACUAUAAGGGCAAAACUUAUAAGGGCAAAACUUUUGCCAAAACUUGAGUAUUUUCACUCUAAAGGUUUCUCAAGGCCUGAUCUUGCAAAAUUUUUAUGGUCGAACACUACAAUCUUGCAAAGAAGCUUAAAGAACCAUUUAAUCCCUUCCUUUACUGACCUUACUAAUUUGCUUCAAUCUACUGAAAAGGCUAUUACUGUUGUUAAACGCAAGCCAGGUAUUCUUGACCGUGAUUUAAAAAUUAAUGUUUCACCGAAAGUCAAUUAUUUGCGUGAUAUUGGUGUGCCUGACUCACGAAUUGUGAUGUCACUUCAUACCUGGCCUAGCAUCUUUGAAAUGCACUUUAACCGUUUUCAAGAGAUUGUGGACUUGGUAAAGAAAAUGGGUAUAAAUCCAUUAAGGUUACUGUUUGUCAAAGCUAUUGUUACAGUGUCAAUGAUGUCCAAAUCCGAGUGGGAUAAGAAGGUUGAUGUUUACAAGAGGUUGCAUUGGUCUGAGGAAGAGAUUCUUGCUGCAUUUCAGAAGAAUCCUUGGUGUAUGAUGACAUCCGAGGAUAAGAUAAUGGCGGUGAUGGACUUUUUUGUGAACAAAAUGGGUUGGGAGCCUUCUGCCAUUGCCAAGCGGCCAAUUCUUCUUUCAUUGAGCCUGGAAAAGAGAAUUAUUCCUCGUGCUGCAGUUGUUCAGUUUCUUUCAUCCAAAGGUUUGCUUAAGACCAGUUUUAUCUCGCUUACACCGUAUAAUAUGUGUGAAAAGACCUUCUUGCAGAAGUUUGUAAAUUGUUACGAUGAAGGUCCCCAGCUAAAGAAGCUGUACAAAGAGAAGCUGGAUCUUUCAAGGAAGAGAAACUGAUUAGUAUUUUCAGAUAGGAUUGCAGCAUUUGUAACAUGUCUACAUUUGAAACCUGCUUCAAUCUAGCGAAAAGGCUAUCACUGCUAUGAAAAAACUGUCCAUGCAUUGUUGAUCGUGAUCUUCAAAAGUGAAUUGCAAGAUAAUGUUGCUAGUGAAAGAUCAAUCUUCAUCAAAUUCUACUGCACUUAAAGUCAAUUAUUUGCGAGAUAAUGGUGUGCCUGAAUCUAAUAUUGUUAUGUUACUUGGUAAUGGUCUCUCAUUUGUACAUAUCAGUGACUUCGUUUUGAAGAGAUUCUGGACUUGGUAAAGGAAAUGGGCAUCAAUCCUAUAAGAUCACAGUUUGUUAUUGCUAUUGCGGUAAUGUUGUUACUUCCCAAAUCUGAGUGGGAUAAGAAGAUUGAUGUGUACAAGAGGUGGGGUUGGUCUGAGGAAGAGAUUCUUAUAACAUUUUGAAAGAGUCCUUGGUGUAUGUAUGACUUCAUCUGUGGAUAAGAUUAUGAGAGUGAUGGACCAUUUUGUUUACAAAAAGGGGUUGGGAGCCUUCUGUCAUUGUGAAGCAGUCAUUUCUUCUUUCACUUAUAGGUUGGAGAAAGAGGUUUGUGAAUUGUAAUGAUGAAGCACUCGAGCUAAUGAAGCUGUACAGAAAAGCUUCAUCGUUCAAAGAAUGUAAAGUGAAAGGAAAGCAGCAUUUGUAAUAUGUUUACAUCAUAAUGAAUGAUACAAGUGAUGGCAUUUUCUGUGUUUACUUCAUCUUGUUAA